AUUCAAAAAAACACGAAGACGACACAUAGUUAAGACAUGCUUCUCUUUCUUUGCCUUUUCGUAUUCCCUCUCACAUCGGCAAAUCAGAAAACAAGGAACUCCAUGUUUGGCCAUUCACUCCUUGCAUCUCCCUACAACGAGACAGAUGUUGGGGAACUUUGGGAAUGCUACAAACUCUGCUAUGACGACAAAGAAAACUGCGCCAGCAUCAACUACGACAUGAAAAAAGGGAGAUGCAAGCGUAUGAAGGUUACACACGUUAACCUGCCUCGCGAACUCGUGAAAAUGAAAGACUAUGUUUACGCAGAUAUAAGAGCGGAUAUAAGAGGUUGCGCUAAGAAGUCUUACCCUUUGGGAAUGGAAGAUGGCAGCAUUCCUGACUCGAGUAUCACGGCUUCGUCACAUUAUAGUGCAUCACACAGCCCUUAUUAUGGACGCCUGAAUAACCAAGCCAUUAGCAAUAUACACGGGGGGGCAUGGGCAGCCAAGAUUAAUAAAAAAGACGAGUACCUACAGGUGGACCUGGGCCGAUUCACAUGGGUUACCCAUGUUGCAACGCAAGGGCGCCCGAAAGAAACAGGUUAUAUGCAGUGGGUGACUGUGUACACCGUGGAAUACAGUCUGACGGGAGAACAGUGGCAGAGUUACCAAUACGGGAAUGGUGUGAUAAAGGUAAGGCACAUGUACACCGUGGAAUACAGUCUGAAGGAAGAUCAGUGGCAGAGUUACCAAGACGUAAAUGGUGUAAUUAAGGUAAGACACAUUCACAGUGUUGAGUACUGUCUGACGGGAAAUCAGUGGCAGAGUUACCCAGACGGAAAUGGUGUGAUUAAGGUAAGACACAUGUACAGUGUGAAGUAUAGUCUGACGGGAGAUCAGUGGCAGAGUUACCAAGAGGGGAAUGGUGUAAUUAAGGUAAGACACAUUCACAGUGUUGAGUACUGUCUGACGGGAAAUCAGUGGCAGAGUUACCCAGACGGAAAUGGUGUGAUUAAGAUUUUCCCUGGCAACUCAGGUCAGACCACUGUGGUGAAGAACGAGUUCUCCCCUGUCAUCAAAGCGCGUUACGUCAGGAUUGUAGUACAGGCUUGGUAUAGCUAUAUCACUAUGAGAGCGGAGUUUUACGGAUGUGCAGCUUAA